GACAUAGAUAAUACAUUUUUUUAUUUAAGGGAUUUUAUGACCUGGUAACUAAGACCUUUAGGUCAAAUCUUAUUUUAAUUUGAAUGAAAACUUUUUUAAAUGAAAAAUGAUAUUAUGAAAUAAAAUGAAGUUGUGGAAACAUGACAUGAAAUGAAAUGAAAAUGAAAUGAAAUUAGAUGAUAUGGGAUGAAAUAUAAUCUCAGUAAAAUGGUCGUCAUUUACUGAGACUUUUUCAGUGGACAUUUUAGAGGAUCCCGAGAAGUUACGUCUAGCGGCUUUGUUUCAUUUUCCCACAUUUGUGCAGCUUCGGCGAAAAACUCAGUGGGCUGUGGGUUAGUUUACUCGCCGAGCCCUUCGUCACAAACGACGAGUUCGACGACAACGAUGACCGGUGCUUGGGGUAGGUGCCUAAAAGCACCGCUAAUGGAUCCGGAGGAUCCGAAAUGACGUGUUUUGGGCGACGUCGACUGUUUACCAUUUGGUCCGCAGGACCGGGAAUGGUGUUGUGCGCAGCGGGACCAGAUUUAGUAGAUUUCUACUUUUUUGGUAGAUUUUGAGAUGUUUCCGUGUCUAAUUUAAUAUCAAAUUCUAAUUCGACGUCAGAUGCUUUUAUGGUGGAUAAGUGGAGUGAAGUCCGCCAAAUCUGUGAUGCGAAUAGCACACCAAGGUAUGGCAAUUUGUUCCGAUUUGUGAAGCAAUUGACCAUACUACCUUUGUCGAACGCCAAAGUAGAAAGAAUAAUUUCUGAUAUUAAUAGGAUUAAAAAUCAAGAUCGAAAUCGAUUUAAUAAUAAGAAUGUUGCCGCAAUAAUGCCUGGAUAAGAGGGGCUACGACAGUUGGAAGGAGGAUGUCGCAGAUUUGAUCCUGACAGAAGUAUUAUCGAGUUAAUGGAUUCAAAACUACUUUAUGAAAGUUUUACCCAACAUAAAGAUGAAGAAAAGUUUCAUUUUAUUAUUUUUAUUUUUGAAUUAUAUUAUUUAGAAUUUAAUUUAAAAAAAACAGUGGUUUGAUUAAUAGUUUCUUUGUUAAUUGAAUUAUUUAAUUGUUUAAUCAUGGAAACAUUCAUGUUUUUACGUUGUAACACGACAGCAAAAAAAUAUAAUAAUAGAUUUUUAGUAUUUUUCGUUCUUUUUUGGUAGAAUUCAGUAGAUUUUAACCUCCACAAGCAGUUGAUUCGUCAAAUGAAAUCUGGUCACACUGGUUGUGCGACAAAAGUAGCUCGUUUAAAACCGUAGGGUAAUUUGUUCAUUUUCCAAUUCCGUUUGCAACGCUGUCGAGUCCGGACGUGUUUUCUCGAAUUAUUGUCGCUGCCGUCGCGAACUUGUGUUUUGGUUUACACGACAUUGUCGCUGUCGCGUCGAUCGCGACUUUGUUGUGAAUUCCUGACGCACGGGCGCUGGCGUAGCGACCUUGGGUCGAAAAAGCAAUUCGAAUUCGUUUGUUCUGCAUUCGAAAACGCCAAUUCACAUUCAUUCAUUCAUUACCAUUUAUUAAAUUUAUUUAUCUAUCCGUCGUGCAAAACAGUCUUUUUAAAGACUGAACCCCCACUGCGAUCACCGCUUGUUGUGGCACUCACAACCCAGUGGGGUCCCACCUUCCCAAACUCUCCACCCCAAUCCCAGCUGACUGCCGUUUUCACGGCAUAGGCAUCCCCCCCCUGCAAAUCACUGCUGGCAGGUACAGCGCAGGGGGUAUAAAUCCCACUCAGGGGACUCGCCUUUCGGCGAGUUUGCUUAAGUCCCGGGGACGCCCCCCCCGGGCACACACGUCACCAUGAGUGACGCCAAUGGCGCGCUCUUUUUGAAGUUCGUCCGUGAUUUUUGUCCGGACAUCAUCACGAGAUUUGAAGCCUACAAGGCCGGCCUUGACGCGCCGGCACUCCGCGACUCUCCGUUGUCGCCCCCCGCGCCGGUACCUCGCGACUCGCCGAUGUCGCCCCCCACCCCCGCGCCCGCGUCGAUCGCGUCCUCCGUAGCGGCAAGCUCCGGCUCCGACUCCGAGUCGGAAAUGGAGUACGAGUCCGCCGCGAGUCCCCAACCGGGAACCUCGGAAGGGUUCACCACCGUCGCGCGCGGGAAAAAACGCGCCCGCGCCGUGGAACCGUCCGCGGCGCCGAAACAACCGAAGGCCGCGAACGCGUCGCGGCCUAAAGUCGUGGUCUCACCCGACUCCCCUCGCCGCGCAACCCCGUCGCCGCGCCCCGGGCCCGCGCCCGUCCGAAAAGUUCCCGCGCCGCCGCCGGUCAUCCUGCGGGAAAAAUCUUCUUGGGAUCGCGUAUCCCUGGCCCUUAAGGCCAACAAGAUAAAUGUAGUCCAUGCGAGGAAUAUUCCGCAUGGAAUACAAAUCAAAGUAGAGUCAUCCGACGACCAUAGGUCCUUGACAGCAUACCUCCGCAAGGAACGCAUAGGGUAUCAUACCUAUGCGCUCCAGGAGGAGCGUGAACUCCGCGUCGUAAUACGCGGAGUCCCGAAAGAGCUCGACGUCGAGCAAAUCAAAAAUGACCUGGUUUUGGUAUAUAUAGCUAUACUGAAAACUGAUAUAAUAAAUUUGUGCACUUAA